UUGCCGAUCUGAAAUUUUGAUCGUUUGUUAUCAUGAUCCGUUGGGUUUCCCUUUGUUGACUUUGAAACUACAAAGGCUCGGAAAUGGUUAAAACAAGACAUAGUGGUGACAUUGAUGUUGAAUCACCAACCACCUUUUUAUCUCUUACAACUGAAAAAAACCGCCUGUCAUCAAGAAGCGGUGAUACUGGUGAGAAUACACACUCUAGAGCGUACGAUGAGGAUAGAAAUGCAUUCAAUAUAUUUGAAGAAAAAGUAGUUGAAUCUCGGCUACGACCUAGAACUGGCCCAAGUAGGGCCUACAACUAUCUUGAUGCAGAUUCCUCAGAUGAAGAUUCCAUAAGAAGAAGAAGACAUCACAUACCUGUGCAGGAUUAUUCUUCUGAACGGCGAACCAAUUAUACAAGGUCCAGGCAAGUCAAACAGGAAAUGAUAAAUGCACAUGACGACAAUAUCUCAAAGCGAACUUCUAGACGCAGGAUUUCAUACCAAGAUGAGGACCAUUCCGAAGAAGAAGAGGAUGAAGAUAAUAACAGCAGUGGAAUCACUCACUGGGACCAGAGUGCUGAAAGUAGGGCAAGAAACUCAGGAAGAUUAAGGCAGCGUUUAUCAGCUGGAAAAGCAACAGACCAACCUACAAAUGUUGGACAGCAGUACUCUGAAGAUGAUGAUGAUGCUAAUGUCAAUGAAAAUAAAUGCAAGCGAAAGUAUAUAAAACAGCAAGUUUCAGACGAUGAAGAGGACGAUGUGAAUGAAAAUAAACGCAAAAGAAAAUAUACAAAACAGCAAGUUUCAUAUGAUGAAGAGGAUGAUGCUCAUGUUAAUGAAACCAAACGCAAAAGGAAGUAUACAAAACGCCAGCAAGUUUUAGAUGAUGAGGAAGCAGAAAAUUUAAGGCGUAGAAGUUCUCGCACUCGACGCCAGGUGUAUGAUACACUGAAUCAAUCUUACCUCGUUAGCAUCCCAGGUCGCUCAAAAUUAGAGUCUGAUGAAGCAAACGAUAAUUCAGAUAAUAAGGAAGACAGUGAGGAUAAUCAGGAAUUUUCAGACAUGUAUAGCCGUGUCAAAAGAAAAAGAGUCCAGGUCAAACGAAAUAUGUAUGGCGUUCCCAUCAAUGAUGAUUCAGAUUCUGAUCCUGAUAUUGUUAAGCGUAACAAAAGUAAUAAUAAAGACGAUGAUACUGAUGAAAACUGUGAAGAGGAGGAAGAUACAGAGAAAGAUGAUGGAAAUAACAAUAGCAACAGCCGUCCUCAAAGAGAUGCCAUGAAGAAAAAGAAGCAGCCUCUUAUUGUCAAGUCAUAUUCCUUAAGAGAACACAAGCCUAGAACUGACUUGUACAAGGCACCUAUCAAAGAGCCCCGUAUUAAAAGAAUCCACAACUCCAUCUUUGCAUCGACUCCUACAAAAAAGAGUGCAAAUCAAACCUAUCAUUCUCCUGCCCAAAGAAGAAAUAUAAGAAAGCGGUCAGCAUUCCAUUCUAGUUCAAGUUCUACCUCAUCUUCUGAGAGUGAGAGUAGUGAUGAAAAAAGUUUCAAGCGGCGUAAAGCUAAAAGCAUGGCUAAAGCUCGUAGUAGAAUGAUGCCAAUGAACUUUUCAACCAAUGCACAGCCAUCUUCCAGUGUUAUCAAAGAUAGAGUCAAGUCAGGGGCCAGUCUUGCUGAUGUAGAGCCAAUGACUAUUGACAGAAAUGUAACUUUCAACAGUAUUGGAGGCCUUGGGAAACACAUCAGAGCAUUAAAAGAGAUGGUUGUUUUUCCACUUCUUUAUGAUAAAGUAUUUGAACGCUUUAAUGUCGACCCUCCCCGGGGUGUACUAUUUUAUGGACCACCUGGAACUGGCAAAACUUUAGUAGCUCGAGCUUUAGCAAAUGAAUGUUCUCAGGGUGAUAGAAGAGUUGCCUUUUUCAUGCGAAAGGGUGCUGAUUGUUUGAGUAAAUGGGUUGGUGAAUCCGAAAGGCAGCUAAGACUUUUAUUUGACCAAGCUUACAAAUAUCGUCCAUCUAUUAUUUUCUUUGAUGAAAUUGAUGGCCUGGCUCCAGUGAGGUCCAGCAGACAAGAUCAGAUUCACAGCUCAAUUGUCUCAACUCUUCUUGCCUUGAUGGAUGGACUGGACAGUCGAGGGGAAAUUGUUGUCAUAGGAGCAACUAAUCGUAUUGAUUCCUUGGAUCCCGCUUUAAGGCGCCCAGGUCGAUUUGACAGAGAGUUUUUGUUUCCAUUGCCAACAUUAGAGGCAAGGAAGCAAAUAUUAACCAUUCAUACAUCAAGUUGGAGACCAAAGUUAAAUGAAUUUUUUAUAUCAGAAUUAGCAGAACGUUGUGUUGGUUACUGUGGUGCAGAUAUCAAGGCAUUGUGCACAGAGGCUGCAAUGCUGGCAUUGCGGCGCAGAUAUCCUCAGAUUUACAUGACCAAUGAAGCCUUAGAGCUGGAUGUUUCUUCCAUUAAUAUAUCUGCCAAAGAUUUUUUUGAUGCUAUCAACAAUAUAAUUCCUACCUCCCAACGCUCUGUGAAUACUCCAGCAAGAGCCUUGUCUUCUAGGGUUGCACCGUUGCUUCAACAUCAGCUGAACCAAGUUCUAAAUCAACUUGCUGAUUGUUUCCCACCUUGUCUUUCACAACUCUCCUCAUUAGAUGCAGCAGCAACAGUGGAUCAAGCCCAGGUUUUGACAGAAAGCGGUUUACUACUGGAGGACUUAGCAAGUGAUGAAGAUGAAGAAGCUCCUUCAAUAUUUACUACCUCACAUAAAAUCCAUACAUCAAAUUUUGAAGCGGGACCAAGUACAUCAGCAGUUCCUCACUAUCUUAAUUUUACUAGUUAUGCUACCAGUCGCCCUGCUACAUUUCGACCAAGACUGAUGCUGGUGGGUAGAGAAGGCCAAGGACAAACCACCUAUAUAGCACCAGCUGUCCUACAUAGAUUGGAGAGUUUGCCAGUUCAUGUGUUAGACCUGCCAACACUAUAUGCUGUUACUGCUAAAACUCCUGAGGAAUCGUGUGCCAAUGUAUUUCAUGAGGCAAAGCGCAAGUGUCCAAGCAUCAUAUAUAUUCCUUACGUUGACCAGUGGUGGGGUGUGAUGGCAGAAACUUUAAGAGCUACACUACUUACUCUUAUUCAGGAUUUGAACCCAUCAUUGCCUCUUCUCUUGUUGGCUACUAGUGAACAACCAUACUACACCUUAGACACUGUGCUCCAGUCCCUGUUUUGUGAAGCAUCUGGUGAGGUUGUAGAGAUGAGAGAUGCAAAUCUGGAAGAAAGGAGAGCAUUUUUCCAAGACCUCCUGCUCAAACAAACUGCCCGACCACCACCAAAGAAAAAACAAGCAGGAGAUUUUCUUAGACUUCUAAACGAAGAGAAAAAAGCUAAUAUAGUACGUAAAAUAUCCAAACCGAAGCGAAAACGUAAGAAAAUGGAAGGGCCUCAUCCUGGCAGUAUGUAUCCUUUCCAUGAAGGCACUCGCCUAAGUAAAGAAAGGAUGAAAGGUUCAUUUCCAAAAGUUUCAAAGAAAGAAUCAAAUAAUGGAUUGGUAGAUGUGUCUGAAGUGAAAUGUGCUGCAAGUCGGCAUGUCAGACCACUCCAUAGAAUGGUCCUGCGAUCACGACGAGCUCACCAAGGCAGACUGAACCGUAAUCAGUCAGCCAGAGGUUCUGUUCCAGCAUUUAAGAGACCCUGUAUUUUUCUCUCUAACAAGCCAGCACCCCAUCACCCAUACAGUCUCGUGCCACUGAAACCAGGAUUUGAGCAUUCUGUUCUUGAAGCAAGAGAUGGCUCAAUAAGUGCAAGACGUUUACGCUAUUUAAGACGUUUGCAAAAACUGGAUGCCGCUUUGUAUCAGUCUAAAUGUGCUGGAGUGCCACAGUGCAGCCAUUCCUGCAAGUUGUCUUCAUCUGACAAGUCCUUGAGGAGAAGAAGUUUGAUGUCUGUUGGAUCAUCUCAAAUGUUGUACAAGAAGGGAGGUGUUGAGCACCAGCACACCACUGUCUUACCUCUUAACCUCAGAGAUUUACAUCAGAGAACACCACAUAGUCAAAUAUCAUGUUAUAACUUGCGUCCAAGAAAACGUGCUCACACUGCACAGAGAAUGUUAGAGGUUCUACCCAAAGCUGCCCCACCCAAAGCCAGGGAGCUGACAAAAGAAGAAGUCAAUCUUCUCAUGGAAAAGGAAGAGCUAACACUAAUGGAACUUCGCAUCUUUCUCAGGGAUGUACUAAAUAAACUGGGGAGUGACAAGAAAUUCUCCAUUUUUGCCAAGCCUGUUAAUAUUGAUGAUGCUCCUGAUUAUUAUGAAAUUAUUGAACACCCAAUGGAUUUGUCUACUAUGAUGGGGAAAAUUGACCUUCAUGAGUAUGGAACUGUGCGCUCAUUUAUGAAUGAUAUUGACCUCAUCUGUUCAAAUGCUUUAGAAUACAAUCCUAAUAGAGGACCAAUGGAUCGAGUUAUUCGCCACAGGGCUUGUGCUCUGAAGGAUACUGCUUAUGCCAUCAUUAAAACUGAGUUGGAUAAAGAUUUUGAAAAAACAUGUGUAGAAAUUGAAGAGUCAAGAAAGAGAAGAGGCCAAAAAUCCACAACUGUCCCCAACUUUUAUUAUACCAAGCCAAACAGCCAGCUGCCCAAGUCACAAGCUGUAAUCCCAGACUAUUUAGAACAUCCAAAACAAAGCCGCUCAAUACCAAAACCUGAAGGUGAGCGCUACAGUCGUCGUGUCAGGGGACUCAACAUAGACCCAGUGCCACCUUUAGAGGCUGUUGAAAAGGUUUUCAAGCUGUCCCGAGCUACAUCAUCUCCACCCAGAGAAGACAAUGGCAAUGAUUGUGAUGGUGGCUCACAGGGCAGGAGUGAUGAGAGGACGCAUGCUGUAACAUCCCCAGUGGACCAACCUUCAGACAGGACUAAGGCUAAUGCUGUGUCAUCCCCUGCUGAUAAAGAUGGCAGUAUACCUAAGAAAAGCCCCCAUUUGACCUCUGCCAAUAAAAGUAAGAAAAACAAAUGUGUGUGGUGCAAACCCCGCAGAAAGAGAAGAAAACUGACCAUUUUAAAAGCUCAGUCUCGCCAGGCCAGUGGAGAGGAAGAUAAUGAAGAAGAAAUGAGUUGUGAAGAAAUAGAUGAAGAAUGCAAGCCAAACUCCCCCAAACAGACAGAUAUUGAACUCCUCAAAAUAGACACAGCACUCCAAGAAACUGAUAUAAAAGAUUUGAAGAGUCCAGGGCGAUGCUCAUCAAGAUUAAAACAUGCUCCCAUCAGCCCCAGAGUGGUGACCAGAAGAAGUAGUAUGAGUCCUACAGCUGAAGCUAGUCACACGUUGAGUAAACAGUUAGUACAAACAAGUGGGGAACAGACAACUCUAGCAAAAAGUAUAGAAGAAACUGCAGCAGGGAGCACUGGAUCUGCUGCACCCAUGAAAGCAACAGAAGGCCCUGAGAAAUGUAGUGUAGUCAAGAGGCUUGACUUGGAUGUAGUCACAGACAGUGGGAUAGGCAGUUCACUGGAUAGUAAUGGAGACUCCAGGGACAGUAUAGAACACCCUAAGGUGGAGGGAGAAAACUGCAAAAUGUCAACCUCUGUAACAGUUGCAGAUGCCAAUCAGAACUGUAACUCCAGCAGGGCCAGUAACCAGGUGGAAAAAAAAGUUGAAAUAGAUUUAUGUCGGUUGACAUCUUUAUUAAAUGAGCUGGUGGCAAAAACUGAUGGAUAUAAUGUGGAGCGUUUAGAAAAACUGUACAGUAGCCUGAGUUUAAUUAUCUACAGACACAGAGGGAGCUAUGACAGAAGUCUCAUGAUUGUGGAUUUGGAGCAAAAAGUGGAGCAGCUGACCACAGUGUAAUCUGCAAUGUGUUGUGUAGUUGAGAGAUGUGUCAAAUCUCCAGUGUGUUGUGUACUUGAGAGAUGUAUCAAAUCUCUAGUGUGUUGUGUACUUGAGACCUUCAACUACUUGACAUUGAAUACUUUGUUGUUGACUACAGCCUUGUCUUUACAUAGACUGGUAGUUUAUACAAACUUUGGCUGGAAAUGACCAGAUGACAGUUAAGCUGUCUUGAUGCAUGCUUGUUUUAUUGUCAGUCAAUGCAAGUGCCUCUAGCUUGUGUAUUUGCCAGAUUUUUCACUAGUCACCAGAGCUGACUACUGAGUCAUAUAGCCCACAAUCAACCUACUCUUCCAAAUAACAGCAUUUGACAUGGCCUCAGUCACAACAUACAACCAACUUAGAAUGGCUACAAGAAUUCCUUACUUUUUUUUUCAAGCAUUGAUUUUUAAAGGAAAAAAUCAUUUGAUGUAGUCAGACUUAAAGAAUGAAAUCUUACUGUUGCUUAUGAAUAUUGUGCCAUUUGUUAUACUACAGCAAAUCCAAGGGCAGCAUUAACGCCUGCAGUUGAAUGCAAUUGUUAUCCAGCAUUGUUAACCCAGGAAUAUUCCCAUCAAAUACUCAGAGCUUCAUUACAGGACUCUUGAGCUCAUUUUUUCAUGGCAUCUCCAUUUGUGGUGUGAACACCUCCAGCCAAGCUUUUUUUAUUGAAUGAAUGAUUUAUUUUUUUUAUUUUUAAUGUAUUAUUUCAUCACCUAACCUAUUCUAAUCAAAAACUACCCUAUUCCUUUUUUCAUCAGUCAUGUUUAUGAAACCAACAGAUGAUGACUGGUAUUUAUCUGUCUGGGCUCUUUUUUUUUCUAUUGUAGUGAGGGUUUUUUUUUUUAUAUGCCCUAAAUGUAACUGAACUGAGUAAAGCUAAAAUGUACCAGUGAACUGAGUAAAGAAGGCAUUAGCUGUUGUACUGCUGUGGAUUAGUGUUAGAGUGGCAGGGCUAGGGCAUGCUGUAAAUAUUGUGAUAAAAGGGUUGGUCCCUGCUACAGGUUCUCUCUGUCUUAGCUCAUGUUGUCCUGUGGCUCUAUGGAUGUUAUCUUUCAAUAUUUGUGUAAGCAAUCUCUUGAUGGACAGUCUUGACAAUCACAGAUUCAACACCAAUGUCAUUAUACUUCAUUUGAUUCCCCCCAUCUUUUGGAUCACAUGUACACUAUAUAGUGUUUAAGACAUCCAGCUAGCAUCAUUCAUCUAAAGAAUCCCUACCAUCUGCCUAAAUAAAAUUCUAUUUUUGCUCAAUAUAUAUUUAUAAUUGAAAUAAGUUUAAAUUUUUAACUCAUUGUCCAUCAGAGUAAACAGUAUCAUUUUAUACAUUUGUAUACAAGUUAGCUUAUUUAUUGAUACAUUCAGUGUCUUAUGGCAAACUAUUUAAAGAUCUCAUUUCUUUGUAUAAUCCCUGUUUGUAGAAAAUAACAUUUUAAAAACAGAUUGGACAUGACUUAAGAUUCUAGUAUGCUAAAUAAUUUUUAGUACAUUUUUAAUUUCAAACAGGCAGUUCAAUAUUAAGGACUGUUAACGUAUGACACUUUCUUUUCUAUACAAAAUUCAAAUAAAUUAUGUAUA